AUGGGACAACCCCAAAGCAAUGGACAAAACGCUACUCUCCUCACAUGUGGCCACAACCACGGAGGUCAAUGUAUCACCGAUGACUUUGUCGAUGUCUUUCAACUGCACAAAGUCAAACUACCCUUUCCAGAUUGGGUCGAGACUGGCAAUGCUCUCACCCGAACCAAAGUUAAGAAAGCCAUUCGUAUCAAGAAAGUCAGCUGUGGAGCCUCUCAUCUUCUUCUCCUCACGAACCGACUCAAUGAAGUCUUUGUGGUCGGAAAGAACACUGAAUUUCAACUCGGACUCUCCCACAACAAACCAGUGAAGGAUUUAACUAAACUUGAUACGAAUCGCUUUUUGCAACGCGGAGAGAAGAUUUAUGAUUUGUAUGGAGGAACUCUAGUUUCAUAUUUGAUUGCUAGAAAAAUCAAUAAUAGUAAUGAUCAUCCUCAUUCAGGCUCAGGUUCUUCAUCUUCUUUGAGUAAUGUAUCAUCAUCCUCGGGUUCCACGAUGAAUGAUUGUGGGGAUUCCAUCUAUUUGUGCGGCACUCCACCUUUACAGAAUUUAUAUGCUCAUGCCUCUCAUGUGAGUGUCGUCGGUAGUGGAGAUGGCAGUCCGGGACUUGUUGGUGCUGGCAGUACGAGUAGCCUCAGUAGUAGUGGUGGUGCUGGUUCUGCGAGUGUUGGUGGUGCUGGUGCUACUAUGACAGGCUCAUCUAAUUUAGCCUCUUCAUCGGCUCAGCCCAUUACCAAUUUUACUUUUACUCGUUGGACACCCGAAGAAGGAUGGAAACGGAAUUUCAAAGUGAAAUGUUUUGAUUGUUCCAAAGUCGGAGAUGAUCAUUGUAUUGUGGUGAAUCAAUUUAAUCAAAUUUUUGGAAGAGGAUCGAAUGCUUAUCAUCAAUAUGGACGAAAUUUGGAGGGUCAGAGUUUUGCCAAGCUUACAGAAAUUAAAUUGAGAGGAUACGAACAUCAGCCACCCAAUGUGAAACUUGUUGCUUGUGGAGGGUAUCACAGCGUCAUUGUUUUGCAUAAUAAUGAAUAUUUUUGCUCUGGACUAAAUUGCCACGGUCAACUAGGAUAUGAUGUAGACUCAACAAUUUUCGAUUUUGCACAACCAAAGGACCUUCCUUUUGCAGGUCGAGAAAUUACCAAUGUUGCCCUUGGAUUGUAUCAUACAGUAGUGGUCGUUGAUCAUUGCGACAUUUUUGUGUGUGGUGAUGGAAGAUAUGGCCAAUUAGGAAACGGUGAAAACAAAUCAGUCAAUUCAACCUUUAUACGUCUGAAACUUGAGGCAAUUUCUCCAGUCACUGGAAACUUUAUCAAACAUAUUAAUACCUUUGUGACGGGCUUGUCAUGUGGACUGACACAUACAGUGAUAAUAACGAGUGACCGAAAGGUGUGGAGAUGUGGAGGAAAUGAUUUUGGACAAAUUUUUCUUCCCAAUGAUCUCCAAACAUGCAGUUUUCGUGUCGUUUUUGAACCUCGAUGUGAAAUCAAUCAAGUCUCUUGUGGAGGAAAAUUCACAGCCCUCUAUCUUCAAAAGAAGGUCAAUUUUUAUGAAUACAACAUUGAGAGACACAUGAACAUUUUCCAAGACAAGCAAAAUAUGGCAGAAUACUAUGACCUGAGUAUUCAAUGUUUGAAAUAA